AUGGUAAAGCAAGGAGCGCCGUGGCUCGUUAGAAAGGCUCUCAAGUAUGCCAAUCUGUCUUUGGAAAUAAAACAGGCAAGUUCCUUGCCAGAUGGAACAACUGCUGAGUUUACUGUCAACGAUUCUGGCCUUGACUCUCCGGCCGGUGCAGUUAUAACUCUUCACAUAAAGCAGACCGUCAGACCUGGUUCAUUUGAUAGCAUGGGAACGUACCAUCUGGACGGAAAGCCUCAAGAAUUUUCGCUUCCUAUUUUUGGUGAUGUCAACAUGAGACUGCAAUAUAUCAAUGUAGCGAACAUCAGCAACGAGACUCUACGCCAGAGACUGGAGAAAGCAAACCCGUCGAAGAUCGUUAUUAACGAAUCUGCUGACAAUCCAGACAAAGGAUGGGAAGCUCAAGUUGUUUGGGCAUUUGAGCUUGUUAAUGAGAAGCGGUAUCUCACCCGAAAUGUUUCCACCUGGAAUGACAAGGAGAGGGUGGAGGCCAGAAUGGUUUACGACUAUCAGGUUUAG